GUGAUCCAACGGUCAAAACAAUCCAUCGCUCGUAUGAUUAACGCCGACACUAACCACGAAAUCAUCAUCACUUCGGGCGGCACUGAAGCCAACAAUUGGAUUAUCAACUCUUCGGUGAAGAACUUUCUCAAGAACUCUACACCCGUUGCGAAGCCGCACAUCAUUACCACUAAUAUAGAGCACCCGUCGAUUCGGGAACCGUUGCUUAGAUUGAGUGCCGAAGAGAAUAACGAGACACCGAUUGACGUUUGUGUGACGUUUGUGUCGGUGUCUAAGAAGACGGGUUGCGUCGCCGCUGAAGACAUAAUGGACGCGAUGAGAGCCGAUACGUGUCUCAUCACUGUUAUGAUGGCCAACAACGAGACGGGAGUUAUUCAACCGAUCCGUGAGAUCGGCGCCAAUUUGGCGAAGAUUAACGCCCAGAGAGUGGCCAACGGUUUGCCAAAAGUGGGCUUUCAUUGCGAUGCGGCGCAGGCUAUCGGCAAAGUGGAGGUCGAUGUCCAGGACUUACGCCUCGAUUAUCUCACAAUUGUUGGCCAC